AUGUCUGCAGUUUCAUCACAAGAAGAAAUUUCAGUUGCAUACUUAGGACCGGCUGGGUCUUAUUCGCAACAGGCUGCUCAAGAGAUAUUUGUGGGCGACAAUUUAGCUUAUAAACCAUGUGCAUCUAUAAAUGACGUUUUUGCUGCAGUGAAAAGUAGACACACCACCUGUGGCAUUGUACCAUUUGAAAAUUCAACUUUUGGAUCUGUGGUUACUACCUUGGAUUGUUUCAUAGACAGCAAACUAAGAAUAAGUGCCGAAAUAUAUCUACCGGUAGAUAGGACUGAUAUUCAGGCUAAUAGUUUGCAAGUUAAAUCUUACAUCUAUAACUUAUCGCUCACUACUACUUUGAAGGUACAUCACAGUUUACUGUCCAAAUCUAAACUUUCCGAGCUGAAAAAAGUAUAUAGUCAUCGGCAGGCACUCGGACAAUGCGAAAAGUGGUUAGCAACGCACCUUCCUGGUAUAGCUUUAGUUGAGGUCGCAUCAACAAGCCAUGCUGCAGAAUUAGCAAAGGAAGAUUCUGAUGCAGCUGCUAUAGCGAGUUUAAUAUGUGCGGAAUUGUAUUCACUGAACGUAAUUGAGCAUAACAUCGAAGAUGGAAUGAACAACACAACACGGUUCUUCAUCCUGGGAGGACCAACUAGUGCUCGCACUGGCGACGAUAAAACCUAUUUUCUCUUUACAGUAGAUCAUCGCAAACCUGGAGCUCUUUGUGAUGCUCUAAAGGUUUUUAAAGAUUAUGAAAUUAACUUGACUAAGAUUGAUUCUCGCCCAUCUCACAAAAGACCAUGGCACUAUGUGUUUUUUGUUGAGUUUCAAGGACAUUUGGAGGACGAGAACGUACGAGGAGCUUUGGAAAAACUAAAAGAGAUAUGUCUAGAUACCAAAGACUUGGGAAGUUAUCCCAAUAAGAGACCUAAAGAAGACAUGUAG